AUGAACACCGUCCUCAAUCUCUUUCCUCACCCUCACACUUUCUUCCCCAGUCAUUCUCGCCAGACUAGCAAUAUUAGCAAGCCGUGUCACCAUGUUCCAGGAUGGUAUUAUCGUCCAGAUUCUGCUAGCUCACCUAUCAAACUCUCGCCCGACGAUGUGAAUAGCUCUCCACGACGACGACAACGACAGCAGAGAAAUAGUUAUGACAACAGUCCUAGCUUAUCAGUCAACAAAGGGGAAAAUACAAGAAGCAGAAAGAAAAAUGAAGCGGAUUUUUCGAGACGUGGAAGAUCUGAAGACUUUUCAAAAAGAUACGGUGAAGGAAAUGGGAUCUUCGCAGCUACAAGAAGUAGUAGAAAAGGUAUCGAGAAUAAGGAGAGGGAUAGGAAAAUACAAAUGGAAAUGGAGAUUCAGAGGAAAAUCGACGGGAUAAUAGAAUUGCAGGACGCGAUUUCUCAAGAACAGGAUAGGAUUGAGGAUGAAUGGAUGUUUCUUGAGAGGGCGUGGGAGGUUUUGGGAGAGUGUAGGGGUAUGAAGAUGGAGAGGGAGAGAGACUUUAGAGAAUGGGUAUUGGCAGAGAGAAGUUUAAAUGGAGGAAGUGGUCGAGUUGGAAGUAAUCGAAGUGAUCGACGGUACGGAGGGUGGAAUGAAGGGAGAUGGGAGAAUACGGAACCUGGCAGACCGGAUACGAGGGGGUUAUAUUAG